CAAUAGUUUUAGGAACUUUAAAUGUGGGUUUCUAGAAUAGGAAGUAGACUUUUUCAUUUAUUAAGUCGCCAGGCGUGGCUUCCCCUUCUUAAAAAAAGUCCAAUCAACCUUCGGAGUUUCAUUGUGACAAACAGACGGAGACGGACAGAUGUUCACGCACAGUCAAAUGAUUGCAACUGUUCUGCUGCUGUGCGCUGUCGGCGUGCAUUGCUCCACUGGCAUGGCGGCCCCGGAGAACUGCGUACCAAGUUACGAGGUGGAGUGCUUCCACCCAGCGCAGCACCUGAACGCAUCGGCUCCAGUCCGUCUGGAGGUGGGUGCGGGGAGGAGACUGAUCAUCUCCUUAGAGGGCCUGCACGGUUACGGCGCGUGCAGCCUGAGCAGAGGAUCACACGCCGUAAAAGCCAUAGAUGGAAGCUUGGUCUUGACAGCACUAUCUGAGGGGGAUUCUGGGGAGUACGCACUCAGAUGUGGCCCUAACCUUUCAUUGUCCUUUGCUCUACAUGUAGCCACGAAAGCUCCCACAAAACCUCGUUUGAGCCUGGUCCAGGUCAACGGACCAGGUUAUUCUUCCAGUUUUAAGUGUGCGUCUGAAGGCCUCCCAACGCCUACUCUGAAGUGGUCAAGCAUGCAAAAUAAAGCCGUAGAAAAAAGUGAGAGCACAAUCUCCAGUAUUGGCUUCAUAAACAAAGGAGUGAUGUGUUGUGCGACUAACAGCCAGGGGCAGGAAUGCUCCCAACUCUACGACUACGACUUAGAGAGUGACCUGUUGAAAAAGGAGCAGGUCUCCAGCGUGAUUUUGAGUCCCGGGCAGCCUCUUCUGCUUCGCUGCCGGAUUCAACGCAAUCCGAACCGAUGGGCGGCGUGGGAGAAAGACGGACAACUGUUGACAUCUGGCGCAUUCGCGUGCCCUGCAAAAGUCAAGGAAGAGAUGUGCGUCCGAAAUGACUCGCACGGGAAAAGCUGGAUGGCUUACUUGUUUAUCGAGUCCGUGGACGCGGUCCACGGCGGUACGUACACCUGCAGGAAUCAAGACCACACCAGCAAGUCUGUCAACGUCAGCGUCCAGGCGGAAGAUUUCCUGUCGGUGCAGCUGGAUGGCAAAAAAAUUCUCCGGGCUCGAGAGGCGGGUGACGCCUGUUUGCAAGCCGCCGUGUUUUACCACCCGGCACUGCAGCGGUGUACGUGGGAGACGCCCGAUGGCAACGUGUCCAAGUGCAUCACUGAGGACUGGGUCACCGUGCACAGGACGGUGAAGCUGUGCGGCGGAAUCAAAUCAGGAGAAUACAAGCUAAACGUGAAGGCGGGUGGACAAAAGAGAAGCGCGUCCGUGUUUGUGUGUGUUGUAGACGAACCCAAAUUUCAAUUCAGCGUCCACGACAACAGCAUCGGCGUCCAUACGUCCAGCGCCGUACCGGCAAAUUACACCUGGAUGUCGUGUUCACCCGGCAACCAAAGCUGUGACGCUGGCUUCCUCUGGGAGGAGGUCGCCGACGCUCGGCGAAGCGACUCUAACGUACGGUGCCGAAAAAGCAUCCAGAGCUCGACCGGUGUAGAUGUGGCACAUGGACGCUAUUUAAAGUUUUGUCUGCAAAACUCAGCUGGCUCCUGGUGCUCGGCCCCGCACUACUACCCGCCUUCCCCGCAGGCCUCCACAGGAGAGGAUAAAAGUCGAUACACGGCGCUAAAGGUUGGCAGCGUGAUCCUGGUUGUGGCUUUGUUCACCGUCAGUGUGGCGCUCAUGUGCUUUGUCAAGAAGAAGAAACCCCAGUAUCAGCCCCAGCUGCAGAUGAUCCAGAUGGUGGGCCCAAAUGACAAUGAUUACAUCUACAUUAACUUCAAGGAUUUUGAGUAUGAUCGCAAAUGGGAGUUUCCCAGGGAGAACCUGGAAUUAGGGAAAGAACUGGGCUCCGGUGCUUUUGGCACGGUGGUGCAGGCCACGGCGAACGGCAUCAACGGCGUGUCGCAGCAGGUGGCCGUCAAGAUGCUUAAAGAGAAACACCAGGAAGUGGAGAAAGAGGCUCUGAUGUCCGAACUCAAAAUGCUGACGCACAUCGGCCACCACAAUAACAUUGUGAACCUGCUGGGAGCGUGCACGGAUUCGGGCCCCAUCUAUCUGAUAUUCCAGUACUGUUGCCACGGCGACUUGCUCAACUACCUGAAGAGCCGCAGCGAGUGCUACCACAAGGCGGCAGUGGACGCCUUCGCCAGGGAUUGCAACAGCAACCUGAAGCCAGGGCAAAACUCAACCACCGUGCUGGAGGGCGUCGUGGACAACUACAUGCCGAUGCACCCCUCCAUCUUGGGGCAGGAGUGCAUGGCCCUCCUCUAUCCCAACUUGGACGACUGUGUCGAAGACCCGGAGAGCGACGACAAUGGACAGCCGGACGACUUGCAGGCCCUGACUUACGAUGACCUGUUGAGCUUUGCUGUCCAAGUGGCCAAAGGCAUGGACUUCCUGUCCUCUAAAAACUGCAUCCAUCGUGACCUGGCGGCUCGCAACGUGCUGGUAACCAAAGGCCGACUGGUGAAAAUCGGCGAUUUCGGAUUGGCGCGGGACAUCGACAACGAUUCCAACUAUGUGGUGAAGGGAAACGUAAGUGGAAAGAUCAUUUUUCUAUUGUGGCGCUUCUGCGAAAUGACUGGAAAUGCCCGGCAGGUGCGUUUGCCCGUGAAGUGGAUGGCGCCCGAGAGCAUCUUCCAGGGGAUGUACACCAUGAAGAGCGACGUGUGGGCAUAUGGCAUCCUCCUGUGGGAAAUAUUCUCUCUGGGCGUCACCCCGUACCCUGGCGUGAAGGUGGACCACGGGUUCUAUUCAAUGAUUCAGAGUGGAUUCAAGAUGGAGUGCCCUUACUACGCUGACGAGUCUGUGUACGGAAUGAUGUGCAAAUGCUGGGCCCUGGCCCCUGAUGACCGACCCUCUUUCUCCAAAUUGGUGGACUUCAUGUUGGAACGUCUGACGGCCAGCGAGGAGAAGCUGUAUCACAACACAGUCAACCAGACAGACAGCGACUACCGGAAUGCGUCGGCCAUUUUGGACGCCUCCAUUUUAACCCAACAGAACGUGGACGACACGCAGUUGGACAAAAACAAACCUAAACUGUCCGGUGAUCCACCAAAACAAUAAUUUCAAUACAUUCACACGUCUUUUAAAGUUCUAUAAAAGCUCAAAACAGGCCAUAAUUUCUCCAUGCCACUUGCAUUCGCCUUUCAAGUGGACCCGCACCAUUAUGUACACCAUGAUUGUAUUGCUUGUGUUUUUUUGUUUUGUAUUUUCUUUGCCUGUUAAUAUGCAUUCAUUUUAGACGGCUGCAUAACCAGUGUCAUUAGAUUAAAUGAUUCGCAAAGUU